AUGGAGACCGCCGCUCCAACGGAUGCUGGAUCGUUAAAAAAGAAACGGAAUCGAGCACACAAAAAAACCAAACCGGACGCGACAAAGGUAGCAGCGCAUUGCGGAACGAUUAACACCGCUCAAAUCAACGCAGUUGAAAAGGAGAAUAAUCCACCAACUCACACUUCGCUUACAAUAACUGCAAUAGAGUCCGACCAGCGACCGGGAAUUGAAGCGGAAGCUCCUGAACUUUCUCGUAAACCAAGCCGACGUCGUAAACGAAAGACGAAGAACGACAAAAAAGAGCCCCAGCUUGAAUUGCAAUCGAUAACGGUUGAAGAUUUAUUCCCACCAGGGAAGAUUUCUACGCAAACGGUGUGUCAAACACAACCACAAACGCUUGAAACAGUACCAGAAAGCGUGUCGAUUUCCCGAAACCCCAUAAUCGAUAAAACAAAGUUCGUGGGUAUAAUCGAUAUCAGACCAAGCGAACUUUUUCCGGUGGCAAAGGAACCUGCGACGUUCGUACAAAAUCUAACAUUUGACGAAAUAUUCCCCGGUCCGGAAUUUUUCCGGUUCGAUGCUGGAGGUACAAUUCCUGGGAAAUUAAUUGCUUUUGCUGAAUCGCACGGCAUCAACCCGCUUGUGUUUGAGGCACAGCCUGCUAAGCAUACGAUUGAAUACAUCCAGCAAGGUUUACACGAUAUAUCUACCGAGCAACUUUUUCCAAACUGUUUGUCAAUUGGGUUAAAAACACCUUCAGAUCCGUCACAAAUUGCUUGCCAACCCAUAGAGCAACCUGCAGCCAUGAGUGCACGACCUGCCGCUACAGCACCGGGUGCUAAAUCAGAUAAAACUCGUGAAGACAUUCUUGCAGAGCGUGAAGCGAAGAAAGCGGCCAAAUUAGCUGCGAAAACCAAAAGCAAGGAUAAAGAUGCACCUGCACAGGAAACCCAGAAACGAACUCCAGCACCAUCGACAAAUGCUAAGGAACAACGACCGGCCAAACAGAAGGCGGAACCUUCACCAGCUGCUGUGUUAAAAAAAUCCAGCACCGAUGCAAGCAUUUGUGAAAAGAUGAAAGAUUUACAUAUAAGCGAAGGUUCUGCAAUUGGGGCGGAUAACAUUGUUUCUGACCAAAUCAAAACAAAAGAAUUAACGAAAGCGGAACGAAAAGCACUGUUCGAAGCAAAAAAUCCUUCCCUCGUCGCCAACGCACCGGAGGGAGCAAAACCGGUAAAACCAACAUUAACGAAAGCCGAACGUCGUGCCAUUCAGGACGCACAACGAGCUGCAAAAGCGGAUGCGCAGCAAGCGAACAAACGGGACACCGUACCGGCAGCCGGAAAGCAAGAACCGAAAAAGGUUCCGAAAGUGGCCACUGAACCCGCAAAAUCAAAAGCUCCAGCAAACAAAACUGUUCCAACCGGUGGUGUGGGAGUUACCGGGAUUGGUGGUGCGCCACCGCGUAAGCAUAUCGUAAAUUUGUUCAAUCACUUGCAUCAGCCGAAAUUCGCCGCUACCGAGAUUGUCAACUCGCCCACAUUGCAUCCUGCUGUUACGAAGCUUGGCAUACAGUACGCCAAGGGAGCGGUCGUUGGAUCGAAAGCUCGCUGUCUUGCCCUGUUGAAGGUUCUGAAUCAGCUGAUACAAGAUUAUGAGACACCGGCGGAGAAAGAGUUUGGUCGAAGCUUUGAGGAGAUGUUGAACGUAUCCGCUAACCAUCUGCAACGCUGCCGCCCUUUCUCCGUCUCGAUGACGAACGCGUUGCGGCACGUAAAAAUGUACGCACGUCAACUGGACGGGAAGGUUUCGGUGUCCGAACAGAAGGAGUGUUUACUGGAAUCGAUCGAAUCGUACAUCCGCGAUCAGAUCGAAAAAGCGGAAGAGGCAAUCUGCUGCUCGGUGCAGGAUAAGAUUUGCGAUGGUGAUGUUAUUUUAACCUACGGUUGCUCCUCGUUGAUUAAACAUAUCCUGGAGGAGGCGAUACGCCGGAAGAAAACCUUCCGCGUGAUAAUCGUGAAUGCAAGGCCGCGACAGGAAGAAAAUGCAAUGCUAGAAGAGCUGGUUCAACUUGGCGUAAAGUGCAUGUGCGUGCUAAUCAACGCAGUCAGCUAUGUGAUGCCAGAGGUGACGAAAGUGUUGCUCGGCGCACACGCUCUCCUAGCGAAUGGAUCUGUAAUGAGUCGGGUUGGAACGGCACAGAUUGCACUGGUGGCCAAAUCCUACAAUGUCCCUGUGCUCGUAUGCUGCGAAACGCACAAGUUUACCGAGCGCGUGCAAACGGAUGCGUUCGUGUACAACGAGAUCGGUAAUCCUAACGAACUCGUGCUUGCGCCACGCACGCGCGAUCUUCCCGAGGCAAAACCGAUGCUGGCCGACUGGGAAACGAUCACGUCACUAACGAUUCUUAACCUGCAUUACGAUGUAACGCCACCGGAACUGGUGACCGCCGUCGUUACGGAGGUGGCAAUAUUACCCUGCACCAGCGUGCCGGUGAUUCUCCGCAUCAAACCAUCCGACGUAGCGUACUAA